AUGUGCCCGAUCUGUUUAAGUGAGGAAGAAACUGUAGAACAUGCUUUAUGGAGCUGUAAAUCUGCAAUGGAUGUUUGGAGUCAAGGACCAAUUGCAAUAAAUAAAAGUUCAGACAGAGCAGAAAAAUUUAAAGAUAUAUUUGAGAAACUAGAUGCAAAAUGUGAGCAGCAAGUUAUGGAAUUCUUCACCAUUACUGCAAGGAAUAUUUGGCAUAGAAGGAACAAGUUGAUAUUUGAGGGUAUCUUCCAACAUCCAACACAUAUAGUCAAUCAAUCCAAACAAUCCUUGGAAGAGUACAAAAAUGUUCAUAGCAGAAACAGAACAAACAAUAGAGGAAGGCAAAUGUUAACUACAAGUUGGAAUCCGCCACCUGCAGGUUUCUUGAAGAUCAAUUGGGAUGCUGCAAUCUGUGAAGAGAAGGGUAUAAUUGGAUUGGGCUUAAUAGCCCGAGACCAAAGAGGACAUGUGGUAGGCACAAAGACAAUAACACAAGCUGGGUUUAAUGAUCCUCUUUUGGCAGAAGCAAUAGGUGCAUAUCAAGCAGUUAAAAUGGCUAUGGAAUUGGGCAAUGUUUGUGUUGUAUUUGAAGGGGAUUCAUCCCAGGUUAUUAAAGGUAUCUAUUCUCAAGUAGAAAGAUGGGAUAGAGUGGGAAUGAUUAUCACUGAUAUUCAACUGAAUCUAACGUUUUUCACUAGUUGGAAGUUUCUGUUUAUUAGGAGAAGUGGAAACACUCUAGCUCAUAACUUAGCAAAAUCCUCUCUUAAUGAGGAAUCAGUUGUAACGGCUUUAUUGCCAGAAUCUAGUCAUGUAAACUCUGAUGUUUAA